GAAUCUUUCCUUUCCUACAGAGGGAGUGUAUUAAUAAGUGUGCAGAAGUUUUUGUUUCUUUUCGCUCAUUCUGCUCUUUAGAACACGUGCACAGACAGAGCACAGAUCCAGGGCACAACUUUUUGUGUCACAUCAGAAAGGCAUCGGUGCCAGGGCUGCUCUGCCCAGUGCCCAGAAGGAGUAAACACAUUCCUGCCCUCACAUGGUUAAACCUUCAAGGAAGGGAACUUUACUGCAGAACUGGGUGUUGCUGGCUCUUGGCAGGGCAGCUGUACUGGAGCUGGUGUCAGGCUGGAAUACAAGAAGAAUUAAGGCUGUCUGAUUAAUGCCCCCAAAGGAUCACUGAGUAGGAUGCAGGGGAAGAGUCCCUUAUUGCUGCAUAUGCACCCUAGGAGUUAGUAUGCCUGUGCUGGACAAGUUUGGGCACCAGAGAUAAAGUUACUCUGCCUGCACUGUCUCUGCUAUGAUUGUCUGUCUAGUACUUUAUCUGCACUCCCUCUUCCUGGCUGCUGUAACCCAGACCAUACCUGAUGCAGACCUUGCCGGAUUUGUUCCUGACUCCGAGGGCGACCUUAUCUUCCUCUUAGACAGUUCAGGAAGUGUCUCGUAUUAUGAGUUUGCCAAGGUCAGAGAGUUUAUUGGUAACCUCCUGCGACCAUUUACCUUUGGCCCACAAGAUGUACAAGCCAGCAUUGUGCAUAUCAGCACCAACCCUGUUCUGGAAUUCCCAUUCAACCAGUAUGGUUCUAGCCAGGAGAUCCAAAGGGCCAUACAGAAUAUCAAGCAACGUAUGGGAGAUACAAAUACAGGCAAAGCUCUUUCUUACAUAAAGGAGAACCUCUUUGAUGAGAGGAGUGGGUCUAGGGCAGAGGUUCCAAAGGUCAUGGUGUGGGUAACAGAUGGCUUGUCCACUGAUGACAUUUCUCAGCCUAUGCAGCUUUUGAAGGACAUGGGCGUUACGGUAUUUAUUGUAAGCACCGGCAGAGGGAACUAUUUGGAGCUGUCAGCAGCAGCCAGCACACCUUCUGACACUCAUCUUCACUUUGUAGAUGUAGAUGACCUUCAUAUCAUUACCAAGGAGCUGCGAGACUCUAUCAUUGAACUGAUACGAGCAAGGCGACUGCAUGCUCAGGAUAUAACAACCACAAGCUUUCGACUAACAUGGCCAAGGCUCUUGUCCAAAGAGACCGGCUAUUACCUGUUGGAGUAUGAACUUGUGUCUGACCCAGAGAGGAAGUUCAGCAGAACCUUGUCGGGAGAUCAGACUAGUUUUACGCUUCAAAACUUAACCCCAGAUACUGCCUAUCGGGUGACACUGCUCCCUGAAUCUAAUCUUCAAUAUAUUCAACCUCAGACUAUCCAGGUCUCCACUCUGCCAGAGAUGAUCAGUCCAACUCGGAUAUUAAUAUCUGAACCCAGCACUCACAGUUUCCGUGUAAGUUGGGGGCCAACCCUUGACAGUGUGGCUGGAUAUGAAAUCCAGUAUGGUCCUCUUCCGAGCAACAUUGUUCAGACAGUGGAUGUAGACAGCAGCCAGAAUAGUACCGUUCUAGAAAACCUCCAAUCCAAUACCACUUACUUGGUCACAGUGGCUGCCUUGUACAAAUCUGGAGGGGAGAAGGCAUUAUCAGCCAUCGCUUGCACAGAAGAAAAUGACAACAUUCGGUAUCUACGUUUGGAAGAGCUUGGUUCCGACAAAGUAAAAGCGACAUGGAGCACUACUGAAGGAGAAGUGCAGGGUUACCUUAUAAAGUGCCAGAGGCAAGCAGGCUCUUCAUCAGAAGUCAUUGUGGGGCCCCAAACUCAAAGUGUGAUUCUGAACGAUAUAGAAGCAGGAACUACAAGCGAGAUCUGCGUUAUGCCAGUGUAUGGGAAUGGUGCGGGGAAGAAUCUGUGCAAGACUGUUAAGACACAACCAGGAACACCUGCAAAGGACUACCCAAGGACUAAGUGAUGUUAGGAGACUAUUGCAUCAAUGUAUCUAUAAGCUAGAGAUCAGAAGGCACAGGUGCUAACAAAAGGAGUAAGUGAAGAAGUUGCUGCUUUAUUCUUCAUUCAGAAAACAAACCCAUGGCUCCGUGUCACAGGCCCAUUUCCUGUCUCUAGAUGCCAGUUGGGUCCAAUUAACCUGGAACUCUUGACACUGCAAGUAAUGUCAUAUCUGCAAGCAAAACUUCUAAUUUCUAAGGAGCAUCUUCACCAAAAUACGUUAAUAAGGAACCACGAAGAUCACGUUUGUCUCACAUUGGCUUCACAGUAACUGUCAAGGCUCCAAACAAGCACAUUUCAUCUUUUGCUUUGGUGCAACAACUGGUAUUUUCAUGGAAGGAAAUAGAACUUUUUAUUUGCAGGAAGUGAUAUGAGGGAACGCACACCAGUCAUUUCUUUUAUGACAAGCUGUGGACAAACUGGCAGGCUGUGUUUCCCUGACCAUGCUGGCACCACCAGUAUUGAAAUGUAAAGCAUCCAUUAUGUUAAUCUGUCCCAAAAGAACAUUGCCCAUGUACAGGACCAACUGCACAGAAGUAUUUUAGUAUUUCAUUGUUCCCAUGGACAGACUACAGUCUGUCUGCUCUAACUUCAUACCUGGAAGGAAUGACACAGUUGAUUGUGAUAAGCUUUAUAAGCAUUUAUCAUGGGCACAGUGUACAUUGAGAUUUACGUAAAGCACUGGCCCAGGGGCAGAGUGUCCCUGGUAAUGAAUUCUGAAAAUCUGUUACAGAAAAAUUCCCCUCCAGCAUACAGUGCAAAAUGAAGAGGAAAAUUGUUUUAUAAAUGGCCUAUUGUACUCACUAAGAUGAUAUAGAUGCUAAUAAAGGUGAUGCAGCAA